AUGAUCAACGCGAUCUGCGGCAACAGGACUGAUUAAGAAAUUAAGAAAUUAAGGAUCGAUUCUGGAAUUUAGUGGGAUGUUUGAAGUCUUUCUAAGGCCCACGAUGGAAGUACUGAAGUGCGUUAUCCCUGCUGUGUAAUUUGAUGCCGAAGCACCUUCUCCACAUGUGAUGCACCGUAUUAAUGCAGGGAGUUGCUGUUAUCCAAGCCUGUUCGUUCUCUAACAGUUCCUCUGCUUGCCUUGACUUUAUUGUCUUAGCGGAUCAACAGAGAGAAAACAUUUGUUGCAAGUGCUGUUGCUUUGAAGAAACCUAGAAAACCUGCAGACUCGCUGCUGGACCAGGACAGCCCAGCCCAGCCCUGCAUUAGGAUGUCGGAAACUAAGAGCUCCGGCGAUCCUGCAGGGAAGACCGAGAUCCAAGAGAACAGCGACGCACAGCAGCCGCCCUCUCCGGCUCCUGAGGAUGUGGACCCCUCGAAGGCAGAGGUGCGAGUGACCCGCAAAAGACCGGAGAGCAAACUCCCCUCUGAACCGAAGGACCCGGAGCAGAAGCAGGCAAAUGAGAAUUCCCAGCAGGCGUCUGGAGCUCCUGCACCCCAAGGAGCCUGGGGUUACUGGGGCAGCUGGGGCAAGUCCAUUCUGUCCACAGCCACGGCCACUGUGGCCACUGUCGGCCAAGGUAUCUCCCAGGUUAUUGAGAAAGCAGAGUCGUCGCUUGGGAUACCGAACCCCACAGACUUGUCGACACAGAUCAAAGAGGAAGAAAGGCAAGAAGGUUCAUCGAGCAGCGAGCAUCCCGGCACAUCAAGGGAAAGCGACAGUACGUCCCCAAUAGGAGGCGCAAUAGGAAUGUUUUCAUCUCUGUCCAGUGUCGUUCAGAGCACUGGGAAGACCAUGAUAAGUGGAGGUUUGGAUGCCUUAGAAUUUAUUGGUAAAAAGACCAUGGACGUGAUUGCAGAGGGCGAUCCAGGGUUUAAGAAAACUAAAGGCCUGAUGAGCAGAACAUCAACAUUAUCCCAGGUGUUACGGGAAGCCAAGGAAAGAGAAGAGAAGCAGACGGCUGAGCAGGUGUCCGCAGACACGGUGAGGAAGGCCCACUACGGGAUGCUGUUUGAUGAAUUCCAAGGACUGUCUCACCUGGAGGCUCUGGAGAUUCUGUCCAGAGAGAGCGAGGCCAAGGUGAAAUCCAUUCUGGCUUCGAUGUCUGGUCAGGAGCUGCACAAGAUGAAAGAGGAGCUGGAGCAGAUCAGAGAGGCCUUUUCAUUAGUGGACUUUGAUGACGAGGACUUGGAUGGAAGAAAAGAUGAGGAUGGCACAGAGUUUGUGAAGGAAUUAACAGAUGUCCUGGCAGAACUGCAGAUUUCAGCAACAGCAGACAAGCUCAGCAGAGCCAGAAAGAGUGCCUGUGAUCGGAUCUCUGAGCUGAAUGUUCCUGCUGAGGGAUCACAGGUGGAAGAUGGGAAAGAAGCAUCAGAAGCCAGUGGAGCUGAACUGAUUUCAAGGUGUUCUGUGGAGGAGAUCCACACAUCUGCGAUCACGAGCCUGGCGGAGCUGACGGCCAGAUCCAUAGAGCAAUUCCAUAAGGUGGCGGAACUCAUCCUCCACAGUCAGAACGCGGGGGCGACGACGCUGGGCCAGGCCUCCGCUCUCUCUCAAAUGACGGUGAUUUUGUGCAAAGAGAUAUCUUUGCUUUCCAGGAGGUUCACUUCUUGCUUAACUACCGUUGGGUCGAAUGAAAAGGGUGAUGUACUCAAUCCAUUGAUCACAGGAGUCUUUCUAGAGGCUUCCAACAGUGCGUCUUAUGUCCAGGAUGCCUUCCAGCUGUUGCUGCCAGUAUUAGAGAUCGCCCACAUCCAGACCUGUACAAACUCCUCACAGCUGUGAGCAGCGCUUGGAGCUCACCUGUGCCAAAGCCGGAGGUGGGCCGCGGUGUGUCUGACCCGGCCAUCGUUUCUGCUAUCCUGCUCAAGAUAAACCGACAGUCAAUAAACCUGGCGAGAUGGAAACCUGUUCUGUAUGCCUGACACCUGUGAGAAUGAACAGAACCACAAUAUCAGAUCAUAGGUACCCAGAAUGAUUUACUGCAGCACACCUGAUUAAUUACUUGAGUGUAAUGUGUGUGUGGUGCCAGAGAGUCUGAGCUACUUAACUACAGUAGGUUGUAGUACACCUUGAGGACACAAUCUGAAAUGCAGUGUGGUAAAAGUGUAGGUUUUUCCUUUACAUAAUUCAAACUAAUUUUUGUUUUUGUGGAGUUAGAAGUAGGUAGAAUUUGGUUGCUGUUAAAUGCAGUAAUGUUGCUAGUCAGUUCUUUUGCAGGUCCUUUUUAUCAGCACCUCUCACUUAAAGUAUUGCUGAAAUUCAACUAUUUUGCGGCAUAAUCUGUUUAAAAUGUAAGAGAUUUGAUUUCGUUAGUCUUAGUGUAAAUAGGAAAAGAGUUUGUUCCAUGUGCAGUUUGCCAAGGAAACCUGUGAAUUUGAAAACUAAAAAUCAUUUAGUUAUUUUCAAAAAUUUAACUCCUAUAUUAAUAAUUUCAGCACUUCUCUAAAAAAAAGUGCUGAGGAUCGAAUGUUAAGUGAUAUUUUUGAAAGUUUCAUCUGGGAGUGUGCUUUCAUUUUUUUUUUUAGUAACAAAACACUGUCUUUUGUGUAGAUUGUGAAGCGUUGAAGUGUACAUUAGUCAGUUGUACAGCUUCGCUAUGAUGCGCCUCGUUGUACAGUUAUCCUACAUACACCACCAUUGCCCCUUGACUCCUGGUGGGAUUUAAACAUGAUUAAAAUUAAGACUCAGUUCUCUGUAUAGCGCCCUCGAUCCAGAUGUGAGUAUGGACUGCAGUGCCCAUUGAAACAGUUGCAGCAGGAGAGAGGGGGCUGCUGGCAAAUUUGUCACACAGGAAAGUAUGAGCUGGUACAGACAGGGAACAUGACUGCAGUGCAAUUCAGAUAUUUUUACUGAAACCACAAGAAACAUGCAUUUUCAAAAUGUAGCGAAGCUACUCCUGAGCUGCUUGAUGGACACUGAGAGACACUGUGUAAGGCUACAGUAAAUUGCCAAACCUGGUAGCUCCUUCUGUAUAUAUUUAUGUUAUGUGUUCGUACUUGUAUUGAACUAGCUACAUGUUAAGGCCAACGAGUCCUGUUGUAUUUUUUUAUUGUAUUGAAUUCAAUUCUCUUACAUGAAGUGUAUUUUUAGAGUAAAGCUACAGUAUGAAAAGCACGUAGUAUUUAAUGUUCACAAUAUCACAGCUGGUUUUAACUAUUCUGUCUCUUCCUUCUCUUAGAAUUAUGCAGUGUUCUCCUCUUAUACACUGUACUGUGCAUUUGCACUUAACCAUCAACUAACCAAAAAAUACUAAAAUAUUAAAAGUAUUGUUUUUUACGUAACGGUAUUUAUGUUUAUAAACAUAAACAUGAAUUUGUCAGGGCUCUGUAUUACAGUAUUGUAGCAGUAAGGAUUGUUUUAUUAGACAAUUGGUAAAAAGUGUGUAAAAAUGUUACCAGUUAGAUAAAAAUGAAAUCCUAUUUAAUUGAUAAAAUGGAAGGGAUAUUCCAAGCACCCUGCUAUUAGACUUUGACAGCCCCUCCCUCAACAAGAGCGUUGUAAUGAGGCUGAGCUGUUAUCAGUGAGCAUGUUGUAUUGGUAAGCAAUAAAAGAUAUCCUGUUUGAGCUGUU